GUGAGCUGUAGCUCCUCCCCCUGCUCGUGACGUCAGUGAGGCGGAAGGCGCGCACUGUUUGUGUGGCUGUGGCCGCUGCGCUCGGAGUCCCCACGUGCACGGUUUUAUCAAGAUGAUGGAUCCUCUGGAAAAUGACCUCUUUGACCUUCCAGAUUAUGAGCAUACAGAAGAUGAGCGUUUUCCUCCACUUCCUCCCCCACUUUCUCCAGGCGCAGAAAACGGUGAUCUGGAAAAUGGAGAUGACUGGACACAGAACAUUGGUCAGACACAAAAAGAGGAGCCUAAACCAACGAGGAGGGCUUCUAAAAGACCUCAGCCUAAACUGGAUGCCAAUAGGCUGACCUCUCAGCGUGGCCUCCCAGCUCUGCGGAAUCUGUUUGAUGGGGUAAAGUUCAAAGGUAAAGGUAAUGAGGCGGAAGACCUAAAAACUCUUUUAAGACAUAUGGAGAAUUGGGCACACAGACUUUUUCCUAAGCUGCGAUUUGAGGACUUUCUCUUCCGUCUGGAAACUUUAGGGGGAAAGAAGGAAGUACAGACUUGUUUAAAGAGAAUUCGUAUGGACAUGCCCAUUGUACAUGAUGAUUUUAUAAGUGAAGAUGUUGUAGUGCAGAUGGAAGAUAAUAUGGAUUUGCCCUCUGAUGACUUUGAUGCCCUCCCAGUAUCAUCACUCCCACCUGUGACACAAAAGAGCACAGUUGAUCUGAGUGAGGAGACACGGAAAAGGAUCGAGAGGAACAGACUCUUGGCUUUAGAGAGAAGAAUGGCCAAGAUGCAAGCUGAAGCAGAAAGUCAAGCUACUGCUUCAGUCCUGUCCCAGACAAUGCCUUCUGAUACAGAGGAAAUUCCAGAUGAUUUUGAUGAUUUGCUUGAGGAUAUAGAUAAAAAAGAGGAAAUCACUGAGCAUCAAAAGACGGAAGAGGAAAUCACUGAGCAUCAAAAGACGGAAGAGGAAAUCACUGAGCAUCAAAAGACGGAACCUACAGCUAGCCCUGGAGAACCGGAACUAGUUCCAGAUCACACUCUUAGUCCAAAGCAUGAGGCACCAACUGACCCAAUCAUCCAAGCAGAAAAUAUUGAUUGA